AUGGCUCGGAAACAACGGCGAGGCAGAAAGAACAGCGACAAAGGAUUCCAACCGCAGCCGAAACCGAAGAAAGUCUACACCUCCUCCGGCCUGGUGAUCCCACACUACAAGUCCUGUAGCGAAGUCACCUUCCCGAAAUUCAUCAACCACCUUCGUGCCCAGAACUUAGACCGCUCGCCACCGAGGCAGCAGGAAGCAGUAGAAGCGCUCGAAUGUGUGUUUACCGUGGUCAUAAGCGCGAAGGAUAGGCGGAGGGCGAAGAAGACGCGGAAUGGCCGGACUGAGGAGGGUGACACCGCGCGGCUGGAUAUGGAGUAUCUGAGGCGAGGGCUUGCGGAGCACUUUGGCAGGGAGCGAGGAGCUGGCGAGGGCGGCACAGGAGCAGCAGCAGCAGCAGCUGAAGCUUCCACCGCGAAGGAGCCGAGCGAGGAUCGUCCAAAAGGGAAGAAGAAGAAGCGGUGA